UGUUCCAUGUCACUUUGUCAUGUUCUGUGGUUUCAUCAAACUUCCGUCCAUAGUGGAAAAUGAUUAAAGUUAGGUUUCCAUUGAUUGGAUAAGAACAAAGACUGGUUGUUGAGUCACAUUUCCUCUCUAUCUCAGCAUUCACAAGCAAUUCAUUUCACUCGACGAACACAAAAGCUUCUCAGAUUUCAAUAUCGGUUUCUCUGAGACCUCUGAAAAUUCUGUCCUUUUCAUCAGUUAUUGAGAUCUGCUUUGUUUCAUUCCAUGUCCUGAUAUAGAAGUGAUUGAUCUCAGAUCUGGUUGGUCUUUAGAUUGUUAAUAAAGAGUCACUGUCUGAUAACAGCAGCACAGCUGUUGUUUUUCAGUUGUAGCGAUGGGUUCUGAAGGACCAACGGCAGUGACAAUCAACAUCACAGGCUUCAAGAAGUUCCAUGGAGUUGCUGAAAACCCAACGGAGAAAAUGGCAAACAACCUGAAAGAAUAUUUAGCUAAGAAUCCUCAGUCGAAAGACGUUGUUCUUGGAAGCUGUACCGUGCUUGAGACAGCUGGUCAAGGAGCUCUCGCUUCUCUAUAUCAGUUACUACAAUCCGCAAUUAACACGAAAGAGUCAGAGUCAGUGACCUGUGGAAAAACCAUAUGGGUUCACUUUGGAGUUAAUAGUGGCGCUACGAAAUUCGCAAUUGAGCAACAAGCUGUGAAUGAAGCGACGUACCGUUGCCCUGAUGAAUUGGGUUGGAAGCCUCAGCAUUUGCCUAUUGUUCCCUCUGAUGGUCCGAUCUCAACUGUAAGAAAGACUACUCUUCCUGUUGAAGAGAUAACAAAGGCCUUGGAGAAGAAGGGCUUUGAGGUGAUAACAUCAGAUGAUGCAGGUCGUUUUGUGUGCAACUAUGUCUAUUAUCACUCACUGAGAUUUGCAGAACAGAACAAGACCUAUUCACUCUUUGUUCACGUUCCUCUUUUCGUCGCUGUGGAUGAGGAGACUCAGAUGAGAUUCACGGCUUCUCUCCUGGAGGUACUCACUUCUGUUUGCAAGUAAUGUUGUCCCAGUUGUGGCUGAUUCUUGUUCAUGAAUCAUGAACCGAUUUGUCUCGCCACCAAUCAAUAAAUGAAAUCUAAGUUCACUUCUCUACUAUUGCAAAAGCAUCUUUUAUUUUCUUAUAUUACAAACUACAUAUUCUAAUGUGGUGUGGUAUUAUAAAACGUUGGAGACUUUCUUCUA